CAAGAUCAUGUGAUAAACCAAAAUGGCGCGGACGGCAAAAAUAAUUACAGUGAUUUUGUUAGUAUUUGGCUCUGUCUUUAGUAAGUUUCCAUUUGAAGAUAUAACCCUUUCAUGGGAUGAACGUGUAAAUGACAUUUUGGAUCGUUUGACGUUGCAAGAAAUGCAAGAUCAGAUGGCGUAUGGAGGCUCGACGCCCGCACCUGCACCCGGAAUUUCUCGUCUCGGCAUCAAGCCGUAUCAGUGGGAUACAGAAUGUAUACGAGGUGACGUUGAUCUGAAUGGUACAUCGUUCCCACAAUCCAUAGGUCUGGCGGCUUCAUUUAACCCAAAAUUGCUGUAUGAAGUAGCAAAGACCACAGCUCAAGAAGUGCGUGCUUUCAACAACUAUUUUGAAUCCCAAGGAGACUAUGGGAUGCAUAAAGGUCUUAGUUGCUUCAGCCCUGUUCUUAAUAUACACAGACAUCCUCUUUGGGGACGCAAUCAGGAGACCUACGGAGAAGAUCCAUAUAUGAGUGGCGUCUACUCUCAACAUUUUAUCUGGGGUUUACAAGGUGAUCACCCAAGAUAUGUAAGGGCUAGUGGUGGCUGUAAACACUUUGAUGUACAUGGAGGGCCAGAGAAUAUACCUUCUUCAAGAUUUGACUUUGAUGCUAAGGUGUCUACUAAAGAUUGGAAGGCAACAUUUCAGCCUGCAUUUAAAGCAUGUGUUAAGGCAGGCACAUACAGUCUAAUGUGUAGCUACAACAGUAUAAAUGGUAUCCCUUCAUGUGCCAAUAAGGAGCUACUUACUGACAUCCUUCGUUAUGAAUGGGGCUUCACUGGCUAUGUUGUCAGUGAUGAUGGAGCAAUAGAAAAUAUUAUUACUCACCACCACUACCUAAAUGACUCUGUUCAAACUGCAGCAGCAUGUAUACACGCUGGUACAAAUCUUAAUCUCCCUAUGGGACCCAAUGUAUACCUCCACAUAGUAGAGAGUGUUGAACAGGGUCUAGUUACUGAGGAAACUGUGAAAGAGCGUGUAAAGCCUUUGUUCUACACUCGUAUGAAGCUCGGAGAGUUUGAUCCACCGUCACUCAACCCAUAUAAAUCGAUAGACAGGUCUAUUAUCCAGAGCCCUGCCCAUCAAGCCCUGUCAUUAAGAGCUGCAAUGGAAUCGUUUGUACUUUUAAAGAAUGAAGCUAACAUGUUACCUUUGAAAGGUUCUGUAAAAUAUGGGGCUAUUCUUGGUCCAUUUGCGGACAAUCCCGAUCAGAUGUUUGGAGACUAUACUGCCAAACCAGAUGCCAAGUAUAUCACAACCCCCAUGUCUAGUCUUACUGAUGUUAUAGCAGACAAGACAUAUUACAAACAGCUAUGUGAUAACAGUGAUCCUCAUUGUUCUACUUACACACAAGCAGCUCUACAAGACCUGGUACAGUAUGCUGACAUUGUUGUGCUAUGUCUAGGAACAGGACAAGCUGUUGAGGCUGAGGGGAAUGACAGGCCUGACAUGGAAUUACCUGGCAAACAAAAACAAAUGUUAGAUGAUGCCAUCAUGUACACCAAGGGAAAGAUCAUCUUGCUGUUGUUUAGUGCAGCCCCUCUGGACGUUGCACCAGCUAUAGCUUCUGACAAGGUAUCUGCAAUCAUCCAUUGUUUCUUCCCCAGUCAGACUACAGGAGAAGCUAUCAGAAGGGUUCUCUUCAAUGAUGGCCCUGGAAGUAACCCAGCUGGCAGGUUGCCUUUCACUUGGUACUCAUCUCUUGAAUAUGUGUUACCGAUCACAAACUACACUAUGGUGAAUCGAACCUACCGUUACAUCCAGGGUGAUCCUACACUGCCCUAUGGCUAUGGUCUUUCAUAUUCAUCAUUCAACUACACUUCACUGACCAUCACUCCAGCUGUUGUUAAGGCAGGCAACAAUGUCACUGUAGUUGUAGGUGUGAGGAACAUAGGAAAGAUUGAUGGUGAUGAGGUAAUACAGCUGUACAUAUCAUGGGUUGGUGUCCAGGAAGUCAUGCCUAAAUAUCAACUUGCUGGUUUUGACCGUGUUUUCUUGGAAGCCACGCAAGAAAACUGGUACAAGUUCACAAUCACAGCUGAGCAGAUGGCUGUCAUAGAUGAUGCUGGCAGACAGACUGUUGUACCAUGUACCAUAAAUGUGUAUGCGGGAGGACAGCAACCCAACCAGAAGGCAUCAGUUGGAUCCAAUGUACUACAAGGAAACUUCACAAUACAGGCAUAGGGCAAUACUCAACACUUCUAAAACCAUUCCAUUAUCACAUUCAAUCACAUAUGUAAACAAAAAUAGAUCAUUUAUAGAUAGGACUUACAAAGAUUGGUCUAGCAAUACCACCAUGUAUUACAAAUCACACAAGCACUAUUGAUUCAAUUGAUGAAUUAGACAGGAUGUAAUAUGCAAUAAAAGUGCCAAAUUUAAUGAUUUAAAUAAUGAGUGAAGGAUGAAUAAAUUGUAUUAAAAGUACAUUAAUAAAUGCUCAAUAUUUGGAGACUGUGUGCAUUAUGUACAUUCAGUUUUUAUUUACCUAAUGUACACUAUCUCCAAUUUUAAUUUAUAAAAAGAUAUAAGAUAAUCAAAUAAUACAUAAAU